AUUUCUGUCCUCCGGCAGGCACAUCUCCAAGCCUCUCUCUCUCUCUCGUUAUCUGUCCCUCCCCCGGCCCCUAUUCCUCGCCAUGGAUGAAGAAUACGACGUGAUCGUCCUCGGAACCGGUCUCAAGGAGUGCAUCCUCAGCGGCCUGCUCUCCGUGGAUGGCUUCAAGGUACUGCAUAUGGAUAGGAAUGGUUACUAUGGGGGAGAGUCAACCUCACUCAAUCUCAUCCAGAUCUGGAAAAGGUUCAGGGGUAGCGAUAAGCCUCCAGCAUAUCUGGGGCCUAGCAGAGAUUACAAUGUUGACAUGAUUCCAAAGUUUAUGAUGGCUAAUGGUACUUUGAUGUGCACGCUUGUACACACCAAUGUCACUAAAUAUCUUUCUUUCAAAACUGUGGAUGGUAGCUACGUCUUUAACAAAGGAAAGAUCCACAAGGUUCCUGCCACUGACAUGGAGGCACUGAAGUCUUCAUUAAUGGGGCUGUUUGAGAAGCGUCGAGCUCGAAAAUUCUUCAUUUAUGUCCAAAAUUAUGAUGAAAGUGACCCAAAAACACAUGAAGGAUUGAACCUUUCGAGAGUGACUACAAGACAACUUAUCUCAAAAUAUGGUUUGAAUGACAACACAACUGAGUUCAUCGGCCAUGCGUUGGCCCUUCAUAGGGAUGAUCAAUAUCUAAAUGAACCUGCUCUUGAUACUGUGAAACGAAUGAAGAUGUAUGCAGCAUCCUUAUCACGAUUCCAAGGAGGCUCACCAUACAUAUAUCCUUUGUACGGAUUAGGAGAGCUACCCCAGGCUUUUGCACGCCUUAGUGCUGCUUAUGGUGGCACAUACAUGUUGAAUAAACCAGAAUGCAAGGUUGAAUUUGAUAUGAGAGGAAAAGCUUAUGGUGUGACAUCCGAAGGAACAACUGCCCGAUGCAAGAAAGUUGUCUGUGAUCCUUCUUACUUACCAAACAAGGUAAGGAAGGUGGGGAAGGUUGCAAGGGCUAUUGCUAUUAUGAGCCAUCCGAUACCGGAUACCAACUGGUCUCACUCGGUUCAGAUUAUAUUGCCGCAGAAGCAACUUGGACGCAAGUCUGACAUGUAUCUCUUUUGUUGUUCUUACUUGCACAAAGUUGCCCCCAAAGGGAAGUUUAUUGCCUUUGUCUCGACGGAGGCUGAGACUGAUAGGCCAGAGGUGGAACUGAAGCCUGGAAUUGAUCUUCUUGGACCGGUAGAUGAGUUAUUCUUUGAAACUUAUGAUAGAUACAAGCCUAUCAACACACCCUCAUCCGAUCAUUGCUACAUCUCAACCAGUCAUGAUGCUACAACUCACUUUGAGUCAACUGUCAUGGAUGUGCUGUCCAUGUACACCAUGAUCACUGGAAAGACAAUUGAUCUCAACAUGGAUCCAAGUGCUGCUGGUAUUGCCAUAGAAUGACAACCACAUGAUGAAUUUUUCUUGAUCAAGCUCUGUAAUUGCAGUAGAUGAUUGCCAUAGUAUGUAUGGCAUUCAAAACAAUCUCGGUUGUAUUAUUAGUCUUUAAAAUGCUUGGACUUUUCCUACUUGAAUCUAGUCAUCCUUAAAUAAUAAUAUGUCAUCAUAUAUUCUGUCUGUA